UUGCGCCAAAACGCAGCCUAAAGGCGGAAGCGGUAGCGAGAACGGAUUUUACGACUCCAUACUAACUUUCUGUUUGUUCAAGCGAUAUGUACUGGUAUUAGCUGUACGAUGUUACGAUUAAUUUAAUAUUUAAUCUGUUGGUAUAUGAUUAGGAUGACGUCAUAGGCCUAAAAUGGACAGCAAUAAAGGAUCAAGUGUUGACCCAGAUGAAAUUGAAACUUCUUUUGAUGGGGACAACACUACAGGUGCUAGACAAAGGGGUAGCACGGAGUACCCCAGCCUGCCAACCUCAGAUCUGGAAAAUGACGCUGUGCCCUUCUCGCCAGAAGUCAGCCCAUUUGAGGGAGCCACAGCGCCACCAUUACGUGAUCUACCUGCUGAGUCAUCCAGAACAUAUCAGAGACACGCAACAGGAAAUGGUGCUCAUCAUGGCCACGGACAUACCAGUGCUCCUUCCCAUGGAGAUAGCCGGUGUGCAGCUCAGCAUCCUGGUCCACAACAAAGAGAAACAUAUCAACCAGCCCCACAACAAGAAGGUGCCUGUGCUAGACCCCCAUCAACAACACCAGUUCAAGAAGAAACUAGGAAAGGGGACAUAGCUGUGCCUGACCCAUCAAGAGGGACUGUGACAUAUGAUGCAGUGAUUAUCUCCCAUGAGGACGAUGCCGAGAAAGUCAACGAACUCAAGAGACACUUGAACAGUCUUAUGUUGUUUGACGAAAAGUUGGCCUCUGUCGCCAUCGAAGAUGAUGGACCUGACAGAGGGAAAGGAGAAGUCUCCUACUUCGAGGAUUGGCUGAAGAAAGCGCAAAUAAUGUUUUUUUUUAUGACCCAAAGAUUUUGUGAAGAACGUUUUUGUUGCUUCAAAAAGGAUGUUGCAUUAUCAGAAUCGUUUUUUUAUGAAGGUAGUAAAAAGGAAUUUGUGAUUCCUAUUUUCUUGAGCAAAAAACAUAAACUCCGGUUCUUAACGCCCUCAAUACGAGCAAUAAAGGGUAUUGAGUAUCUUGAUUGCAAUUGGACUGACAGUGUGGCUGAAAGAUUCAAACAGAAUUUGAACAGUGCUCGUCGUAAGAGACAAGAAGAUUCAGUUGAUGAAAAAAUGUCAAAUUUGACAAUUAAUUAGACACUACAGUAAUAAGCAGAGCUCCAGAUAAGCUUUUGGUGUUGUGGGUAUUUUACCCAUGCAUUUUAAAAUCAUUGGGUAUCAGUAAUUCUAUCUGGGUAUUCAAAUUUCUGUUACCCACUAGUUUUUA